AUGUCUCCAUUUACUUCGAUUCCCACCAGACAUGCAGCGAUUUCUGCCCCUAGUACAGUCGAACCGUCUCGUCUUCGACCCAUGUUGCAACCUCGCGUCCUUCAAGCCAGACGACCCUCUAGCAAUGCCGUUGGUGACACGAUCAUUGUUGGAAACCCAGUAGGUUCUUUCGCGAUUUCCCCCUUCCGUCCGUUUGCUUUGCUUUCCAUAAACUCACAACCGUGCGACCAGGCCGACAUUCAUCCCAGCAACCCGGAACGCGAGAGCCGGGAAUCGAUCAAGCGAAAGAGCCAGUUGAUGAGUAGCGACUCGUCUCCUCUGACUGGUCAGUCGAUUUCUGCUGCGGUCGGCAAUGGUGACUCUCCAGUCCCCAACAAGAAGAGCAGGCGUAAGCAUGGGCAGACGAACAAUGGCCAGUCUCUUCUCAAUAGCCAGUCGAACCGCCCAGAAGGGAACUACAAGGCAUGCAAGCGCUGCAACUCUCUCUUUGUGCAACGGCACCUUGAGGCUGCCGACAAGACUGUCCCCUACCACGAGCGCACAAAUCUGUUCUGCGCCCGCUGUUUCAUGCGGCUCUAUAUCUGCGAAACAAGGUUGGAAAUGACCGACCUCGAGGCCCGAUGCGGACAAUUUGAUGAUGAUGCCAACGAUGGCAUCCAUGAGAACUGGGCAAUCCGGGUUAUGAUUCGGUCGUUCUCCAAUGAAGGUCACAAGAUCGUCAAGGCGGCUACAACUCCCAAGACCAAAGAGUUGUUGGAAGAGCAAGAGUGGACAAGAAUCAUUUCCCAUCUCGACAGAACCCUCAAUUGGAAUGCCGAGAAUGAUACAGAUCUGGAACUUGAUUGGAAAGAGUGGAGGACCAACGCACAUCGAUGGAUCGGUAUUGCCACCACGAAGCUGCUGCUCACUUUCUUCGAUCAGGAGACCCGGCGAGAUUCGGAUUGGAAAUGCGGCGGUUAUUGCUCGCAUUGCGAGCACUUUCCAGAACAGCCUUUGGGGCAUUUUCCUGAGAGGGUUGUCUUGGGCAACUUUCCCGAGAGGGGUGUCUUGGGUCCUGAGCAGCCUUCGCAGCACUGGACCGAGGACGAUAAACUGUCGAACCUCACUUGGGACGAGUGGCUCGCCGAUUAUGACAAGUCGAAGGGGUAUGAUCAGGCCAUGAUAGACAAUCUUGCCGCCCUGGAUAGUCAACCCUAG